UCCACCGGCCGGCUGCAGGGCGGCGCACCAUGCGACGCGAUGCGGUCCGCCAGCUCCGAACUGUUGCUGGACACCAAGCAGCAGCAGCUCCGCAAGAAGAAGCUGCUGGAAUUAGCGGCGGCCAAGAAGCAAAGUCGCGGCGCGCCCCGGACCCUCCGCGAGAAGGUGUGGUUCUACUCGACGCUGUCGUUCGCCAUGAUCGCCGUCGGAUCAGGCUCGGCACUGCUGUUCCUGGUGCCGCUGUACGUGGACCCGGCCGUGUCAACGCUGCUGGCCGACUUCGUGCCGGAACCGGUGCAGUGCACCACGGUGCGCCGCGAACAGCUGGCCGGCCUGUACAACUGCACGUGGAGCUCGUGCCGGGAGGGUUGCACCAGCGACGUGUACAACUGCAGUCACAUUUACGUGGCGUACAGGACGUCCGCCGGUGGAGUCAGUGGCGUCGGUGGCGGUGGCAGCGGCGGCGUACAAGUGGCGUCCGGUCGCGGCGGCGACGUGAUCGUUACCGAGGCCGUGCUGCUGGUCAACAUCAAGGGCUGCGGUUACCCGCCGGCCGUGGCCUGUUCCAAUUUCACAAAGGCCUACGGCGUGCCGGGCGCCACAUUCCCGUGCCACUAUUCCCGGCAGAACUACACGCUGGCCGUGGUCGGCUACGACAAGCGGCAGCAGUACGCCGACAUCGUCCACUACUUUGCCGUCCCGUUCGCCGUGUGCGUGGUCACGUCCAUCGUGCUGUGCGUCAUGCACUGCGACUGUCAGCAGUCAGCGGCCGGACAGCAAGCACUUCCGGAACCGUACAGGAGUUCCGCCGGACACUCGCAYACAGAGGGCUACAGCGAUCACUCGAUAAGCACCCGGGUAGAACGGCUGGACGAAGCAAUAAUGGAAGCGUCCAGAGCACUGCAGGGCGAACCGAGCGGAUUAUGACAAUACUCGGAGACGAGCUGCUGAGUACGUGUAAUUCGGCGCCAACUGCAUAAUUUUAUACAACGCAUAAUAAUUAUUAUAAUAAUAGUAUUGUAUACUUAUUAUUAUUACAUAUUACUACUGAAAUUAUUGUCGUUAUAUAUUAUUAUACCGCGUGAUCGUCAUCCAGCGAUGUGGUUGUGCCACGAGACGAGCAGACUUCCACGUACAUUUACGAGCUCGGCAAAUAUGUCACGUCACGUACGAACUGCUCGAGUUACUUCGGUUCGAAUCGAAACACUUGCAGUCAUUACAUUAUACAUCACAUAUUAUUACAAUACACGUGUACACACAUUAUAUUUUUAAAAUAUAUUAUGUGUUUUGAAGUGU